AUGGCUGAUAAAUUCUAUAUCGGACCUAAACGUGUUUAUGAAAUAUGGGAUAAUAAAGAACGCCUCCAGCAAGGGGCCAUUCUAUCUCAGCCUGUUUUGGAUGAAAAUUUUAAGACUGAUAAGUCAAAACAGAAUUUUGAAGCAGUACUACCAGUACCAUCUAUAUCUACUCCGACUAUGAAGAUUCCCAAAAAGAAUGGUCAAAAAAAGAAGGUCUCUCUUGAAUUAGAAAUAAGACAAGAAAAAAAUGAGAACAAAGAUGAUGUGCUCUCUAAUAAUUUGCCGGAUGUAUCUCAAGAAAAAAGGUUGGAAUCUCUUCUUGAAAACUUAGUUAAUCGUGGUGAAAAGCUUAAAAGCUCAGUUGGUACUUUUGAUAUUUCUCCUAUAUAA